AUGGGCUUGACCAUGAAUGGGAGUGUUGGAGAUCCCACAUCGACUGAGCACGCUCAAGCCAGGUUUAGUCUCCUACGUUUUGUUAAUGCGCAGUGCCUCUCAUCACUGGAACUUAAUGCUUCUUUUCUUCUUCUUCUUCCUUCUUCUUUUCCACUACUCCUAAAACUAAAGUACGAAGUUUUUCUUAGUUUCCGAGGUGAGGAGACCCGGCAAACUUUACAAGCCAUCUGUGUGAAGCCUUCAACCGGGAAAACAUUAUACUUCAUUGAUGAUAAACUUAACAGAGGAGAAGAAAUUUCUUCAGCUCUUUUGAGUGCAAUUGAACGUCAAAGAUCUCGGUUAUCAUUUUCUCUAAAGGGUACGGCUCUUCAAGAUGGUGUCUCAAAGAACUUGAAAAGAUUAUUGAAUGCAAGAAAAAGUAUGGUCAGAUUAUAUGUUGCAGAGAUGGAAGAGUGCUUGACGGACACAGGCAACUAUCUGGCUUUGUACGAGUCACAACUUGUACAGGAUAUUGUCAACAAAUUUGAAGCUAUUGGUGAGGAGUACUCGAAAAAAUCUCUAAACAGUUUGAAGCUGCUUACUCAUUCGAAAAUUAGAGAAGAAUCGGAGAAAAGCGGGGGACUAAAUGACUUGCGCCAAAGACUUAGUUCUAGAGUUUUAGGGGAUAAACAUUCCAAUAGUGGGUUCACCUUGGAAAGAAAAAGGCUUGGCCGUGUUCUAAUUGUGCUUGAUGAUGUGACAAAAUUAGACAAAUGGAAGUUUAAUGGAAGAAUUUGGUGCUCGGACUCGAAAGUCGAAUAUCAUAACGGCAAGGGAUGA